AUGAUAAUUGUACAAAUUGGUUACGCAGGCCAAGAUAUUCUAUUCAAACUUGUGAUCGAAGAUGGUGUGAACGUCAGAGUUGUUGUAGCAUAUCGUCUCAUCUUCGCCACCAUUUUUAUGUUCCUUCUUGCCUUCAUCUUCGAAAGGAACAAGAGGCCAGAGUUUACAUGGAGGCUGCUUAUCCUGGCAUUUCUCGUGGGGUUAUUCGGGUGGGUUAAGAUAGGUAACGGACUUGGAGGACCUUGUUGGAACACUGCUUUGAUGAACAUGAUGGGGAGCUUGAUGGCUCUUUUUGUGGCUCUUAUUUGGAAACCCGAUUUAGAAGAAUGGAGACUAGGAUGGGAUAUUAAACUGUUUGCCCGCAUAUUUUCGGGAAUUAUGAUUUCCGGGAUGGCAUUUGCUGUCAUUGUGUGGUGUGUGGACGCUAAUGGACCAGUAUUUGUGUCCAUGUUUAGGCCUGUAAGACUUGUUGUCGUCGUCAUCGUUGCAUCACUUAUUUUACAAGAGCCUAUACAUUCCGGGAGCAUUAUAGGUACAGUCAUUAUUGUGGGAGGAUUGUACCUCGUCUUAUGGGCUAAGAAAAAAGAAAUGAAGAGUAUGUCAGAUCCAGUAGAAACAAAUAGGACAGAUCGUAAUGCUGUGUGA